AUAGUGACCCAUUUCAUGUAAAAGGUAUUCCCGGAAGAUACGUUUCGUCGAUGAUGAUGUACUAAAUUAGGACCCCUUUUAAUUUUAACGAAAUCUACACAUAUUUGCCCAUGGUAGAAGUGGUCAGAAAGUGCCUUUUUGGACCGGAAUGCCAAAACAUCCAAGAGAUAAAGGUGGAUCGGCCCCUCUCAGUAGGAAUGCCGGGCGGAGUGGACUAUGGGGAGUUUGGGGGGAGCCUUCCUGCCAUCGCCUCUCUGAAUGCGUCCUACUCCACCACUGUAUCCCUCCCCUCCUCCCACUACCUGGUGGUGCCCCCUGGGGAGAAGAAGGUCAUCUCGGACGUCCGUCGCACCUUUUGCCUCUUUGUCACCUUUGACCUCCUCUUCAUCUCCCUGCUGUGGAUCAUCGAGCUCAAUAUUCAGAACUCCAUUUGGCAGAGCCUUGAGCUGGAGGUUAUCAAGUACAGCUUCCGGUCCUCCUUCUUUGACAUCUUUCUCCUUGCCUGGUUUCGUUUCCUGUGUCUCCAGUUGGGCUAUGCUGCUCUGCGUCUGAGGCACUGGUGGGUCAUUGCGAUCACCACUCUAGUGACCAGCUCCUUCCUUGUAGCCAAAGUCAUUCUCUCCAAUCUGCUAUCCCAGAAUGCCUUUGGCUACGUGUUGCCCAUCACAUCCUUUGUGGUGGCGUGGCUGGAGACGUGGUUCCUGGACUUCAAGGUGCUCUCCAUAGAGGCUGGUGAUGAGAGAGCCUACCUAGCAGCAGUGAACGCAGCGUCGGAGCGAGCUCCCAUGAUCUACCCUCGCGCUGUGUCUGAAGGACAGUUCUACUCUCCACCUGAAUCCCUCGCAGGGUCUGAGGAGGACCUGGAUGAGGAGGGGCUGGGUCGCAAGGCAGUCUCCCCCCAGGAGAAGGCGCUGGUGAGGCAGGGUAAAGAGGCCAUGGCCGUGGUGGAACAGAUCCUGGCCCAGGAGGAGAACUGGAAGUUUGAGAAGAACAAUGACAUGGGAGAUUCUGUGUACACACUGGAGAUCCCCUUCCAUGGAAAGACCUUCAUUCUCAAGGCCUUCAUGCAGUGUCCUGCAGAGCUGGUGUACCAGGAGGUGAUCUUACAGCCAGAGAAGAUGGCCCAGUGGAACAGAACCGUUUCUGGCUGCCAGAUCCUCCAGAGGGUGGAUGACAACACCCUGGUGUCGUACGAUAUCGCUUCCGGAGCAGCAGGGGGGGUAGUGUCUGCCAGGGACUUUGUGAAUGUGAGGCGGGUGGAACGCAAACGAGACUGCUACGUCUCCGCUGGCAUGGCAACCGACCAUGACGCCAAGCCGCCGCACAGUCGCUAUGUCAGAGGUGAGAAUGGUCCAGGAGGGUUUGUGGUCCUGAAGUCCAGCAGUAACCCCUCGGUUUGUACCUUUAUCUGGGUGCUCAACACAGACCUCAAGGGUCGACUGCCCCGCUACCUUAUCCACCAGAGUCUGGCUGCCACCAUGUUUGAGUUUAUGGCCCAUCUACGCCAGCGUAUCCGUGACCUACGGUCCACUCGCUAGAUGCCCUCUCACUUACUUCCUGUAGGGAAGCUAGAUGCUUGCAACCCACAGCGCCACCGCAGGUUUGGUGGUGUCACUGCAGAUUUGUUGGGAACACCUACAGUUGGAAGUGCACCUGAGAUCAUGGUGGAUAUCAAACGUACUUAGACUAGAGGAAGGUCAACAGCAUAGAGGAUGGGAGACUGGUGCAUCUACUUUCACCUGUCUUUUAGACGUGAGGAGGUCUGGGGCUGUCAGAGGAGAUGUUCCUCCUCUCCCAGGAACUCCAUUUUGUUUUUAAACAUAGUUACACUCGUUUUUAUGUACAUUUUCUACUGUUUCUCUCACUGAUGCCAGUGCUGGCUGCAUCUCCCUCCAGCCAAGAAGUCUAACAGUAUUGAAAGUGUAAUGGAGGUCAGACUAGGACUACGCUUGAUGAGACUUGGUGAAGACCGCUAACUCUGAGCCUUAUUCUACUGCACAUUUAUGUUCGCCAUUGACUGGCUGUUAUGCUUUUUUCUUGUUGUUUUUCCACUGUCUUCACUCUGGUAACCAGGGAAACCGCUACACAUGGACCACAUCAUAAACAAAAAUUGAACUGUUGGAACACAAUGAACCCACAGCGUGUUUCUUUUGUCCUCGUUGACCCUCACUGCACUGUGAUCCAUUUGAAGCUGACUGUAGGAGUGCUGUAGUCCUCCAGCCACUAGGGGGUGACACCACCACGGCUCUACUAACAACGGGAGACCACCUACUUAAUGGAGCUCAAGAUGGGUGGUUGUGAUGACUUAUCGGUCGCUCACGGGUUCAUAAAGAGUUUCAGAUACUCUUCUGUGCCAAGCCUUUAGUGGCCUUUUUAGCUAGAGGGAAUCCAACUGCCCUUAAUGAUGGUUGACCUAAAUUGUAACUGUAUUGGUAAAUGUAUCGCAGCCUUCUGAGAUAAGCCUUUACUGCAGACAUACUGUAGAUGGAGAAGUGGCAGUAAAUGAAUUGUGAUUCGUUAUGUUCAACAUUGUGGUGGAUGCAAUAUUGAAAUUGGCUAUAAUUGGAGUUCUGAUUCUCUGUAUGUAAUUAAAGCAUGCUGCUUUGCAUAUCACAACCUUCAGCCAUCAGCCUGCUGUGUGCAUGUCGAUGCAGUGCUGAAUGUCUGGUAUGUCAGGUCAUUGAACAUUACACUUGUGAGAACUCAUGUUCCCCUCUAAUGCCUUGCAGUCCUGUAAAAAUACAAGUCGGACUUGUUCUGUUUUGGACUCCACUCUAUUUUAGGGCCCUAGUUAACCGGCUUAGCUACAUUAUUGUAUCAGAAAAGAAACAAAACAUGCUGGGGGGGGGGAAUAUAUGAGGUGUCAAAGUGAAAAUAAGGUCUUUGAAUUCCGUGAAGAAGAGGGGGAAAAGUCUGAAGAUAAUUUGAACAGUUUGCCAUCUGUGUGAGUGGGAGUUUCACACUUAAACCAGUUCUGUAAAUCUCUUAACUAAUAAUUGGGCAGAGAAAGCUGUUGGUUGGUUUGGUGCCUUUGUCACAGUGACAGAAAUGGGCGUAUAGUGUCACUGUGACCACACUUGAACUGUUAGGACUUAACUAUUACUAGAAUAUCACUUGUUUGCUAAAGGUAUGUGUUGCAAAGGUUGUUUUAUUUUCAGUUGUGUAUUUUUUUUUAAUUUCGAUGAUUGUUCUAAUGUUUUGAAAUCAUACAAACUGCUGAUCAUUUACAAAAAUUUGUCAAUUUAUGAUCGUCUUCAAAUAUUUUACCAGGAUACUGAACAACUAUAUUUUUUAACAGAAGAUUAACCCGCCUUGAAUCUCUAAUAAAAUGUUAAAUAGUUA